ACCAUUCCUGGUCCUUGAUAGCCUGAGAUGUUGUUAGUUACCAGGUGUCCUUUAGUCGGCCCGGCUACGACCGCGGAUCCGCCGCUUUACUAAGAGGUCCUCCGCCCGCUCUAUUUACUAUCGACCAUCUAGCUUCAUUACUCCGGUGGCAACACAUCUACUUGAAUUCUGGAAUUCAGGGAUAUACCAACACCAAAUCAAUUGAAUUAACCCACCCACAUCGCCCACCAUGGCUCCUCUCAGCCACAUCCUCGUGAGCGGCCUCUCCCUCCUGGCGACGGCCACCGCGGCCGUGGUCGACCUCGACCCCAAGAACUUCGACAACAUCGUCCUGAAGUCCGACAAGCCCGCGCUAGUCGAAUUCUUCGCCCCUUGGUGCGGCCACUGCAAGAGCCUGGCCCCCGUCUACGAAGAGCUCGGCCAGGCCUUCGCCCACGCCGACGACAAGGUCACCGUCGGCAAGGUCGACGCCGACGAGCACCGCAGCCUCGGAAAGCGCUUCGGCGUCCAGGGCUUCCCCACCCUGAAGUGGUUCGAUGGCAAGUCGGAUCAGCCCGAGGAGUAUAACAGUGGUCGUGAUCUUGAGAGUUUGUCCGCUUGGAUUACGGAGAAGACGGGUGUUAAGGCGAAGGUUCCGAAGAAGGAGCCGUCGAAGGUCGAGAUGUUGACUGAGGAUUCGUUUAAGAGCGUUGUUGGCGGGGAGAAGGACGUGCUUGUUGCGUUUACGGCGCCUUGGUGUGGACACUGCAAGAACCUCGCCCCCACCUGGGAAACCCUCGCCGGCGACUUCCUCCUCGAGCCGAACGUCGUGAUCGCCAAGGUCGACGCCGAUGCCGAGCACUCCAAGGCCCUGGCCAAGGCGCAGGGCGUGACCGGCUACCCGACCAUCAAGUUCUUCCCCAAGGGCUCCACCGAAGGCGAGGUGUACUCCGGCGCGCGUUCGGAGGAGGCCUUCGUCGAGUUUGUCAACAGCAAGGCUGGCACGAACCGCGCUGUCGGCGGCGCGCUGAACGAAGUCGCUGGCACCGUCCCCAGCCUGGACGACAUCAUUGCCAAGUCUCCCUCGGCGAGCAAGCUCGCUGCGGAGAUUAAGAAGGCUGCCAAGGGCGUCCAGGAUAAGUACGCGCAGUACUAUGUCAAGGUUGCCGAUAAGAUUAGCCAGAACCAGGAGUAUGUGGGGAAGGAGUUUGCGCGCUUGCAGAAGAUUCUGGCGAAGGGCGGCUUUGCGCCGGAGAAGCUGGAUGAUUUGAUUGCUCGGAGCAAUGUGCUGAGGAGGUUCCUGGGCAAGGAUGAGGAGGUGAAGAAGGAUGAGCUGUGAUUGCUUUUUUCUUUUUGUUGAUUUAUCUUUUUGGGUACGUAUUUGUAUGAACUAGAGGUUGGAGGUGAAUGAAUGGACUGAAGAUUGAAGCGUCAGG